CCUACAUCGGAAACCAGUCAUUACUUUCGGACCAUUUCAAAUACCCAGAAUACCCAGUAUAUUGUGGUCAGGAGUACUAUCUCCAUCCCAAAUCGACAUGUCCCGAAAACCGACCGAUGUGGCGUCGAAAGAACGCAACGAGUACAUCCCGUCUUUCAUUGCGCAGAAACCAUUCUAUAUCGACGACGAGUCCUCGGCCGCUGAUUAUCUAGAGCAUCAACGCCUGAAAAAGCAACAGGCUGAUUCGAAAUGGUAUGAACGUGGAAAACGUGCUGGUCCCGCCGCCACCAAGUAUCGAAAAGGUGCUUGCGAGAACUGCGGUGCAAUGACACACAAGACCAAAGAAUGCUUGAGUCGACCAAGAAAGCACGGAGCAAAAUGGACUGGUAAGGAUAUUCAAGCAGACGAGGUUCUUCAAGACGUGGAGCUCGGUUGGGAUGCGAAACGAGACCGGUGGAACGGCUACGAUGCAAGCGAAUACCGCAAUGUCGUGGAAGAAUAUGAAGAACUUGAAACUCUUAAGAAGAAUACCAAGAAGGCUAUGGAAGGAGCUGAGCCUGGCGAGGAAAGCGACAAUGGAGGCCAGGAAGAAGCCCGAUAUGCGGAGGAAUCAGAUAUGGGUCGAAAACAAAGCACCGCAACAAGGAACCUUCGUAUUCGUGAAGAUACAGCCAAAUACCUGCUGAACUUAGACCUUGAUUCUGCAAAGUACGACCCAAAGACGCGUUCGAUGGUUGGUUUGGGUGCUCAGGCAGAUCAAACAUCAGCACUAGUUGCUGAGGAGAACUUCAUUCGGGCGUCUGGAGAUGCGGCAGAAUUCGAAAGAGCGCAAACUUAUGCAUGGGAGUCACAAGAGCGCGGUGAUAAGCAACACCAUAUUCAAGCAAAUCCAACAUCAGGUGAAAUUCUACGGAAGCGAGAAUUAGCUGAAGCAGAAGCGAAGCGGCAAGCACAACGAAAGGCCCUACUCGACAAAUAUGGUGGCGAGGAACAUUUGCAAGCUGCUCCAUUGCGCGAUGCAGCAGUCAUUGAAAACGAACGAUAUGUCGAAUAUGAUGAAACCGGUGCUAUCAAGGGAGCCCCCAAGAAGGCCGUCAAGUCAAAAUAUGCCGAAGACGUGCUUCUCAACAAUCACAAGUCAGUUUGGGGAAGUUGGUGGUUCAACUUCGAGUGGGGAUAUUCUUGCUGCCACUCUACUGUUAAAAACAGCUACUGUACUGGGGAACAAGGAUUACAGGCGUUUGAAGCUGCUCGCAACUUGGCUAUACUCGACGCCCCAGAGCCAGACGGUUAUGAAGAGAAAGUUGAGGAGGAAGAAAAGGGGGAGACACCACAGAAAGCGGAUAUUGAUAGCAAAAAACGAGACCUCCGCGCUUUGCAGCAGGGUGUCGACGAAGAAGAGCUUGAAUCAUAUAAGCGAAGCCGCCUAGCUGCAGCUGACCCAAUGGCUGCAUUUUUAGGAAAGGAUGAGUUGAUCCAAUGAUAAAUCGAGGUGCAGUUAUCAUCAUAAAUAUAUCUGCCUGCUGAUACAGUUGGUUCUAUUUUCUUGCAACUAUUUAUCUUGACAUACAGCAUUAGCAUAGGAUGGCGUUUGAUCAUACCAUACCCAAGCAGAAUUACAAAACGCUUUAUUAAUACAUAUCGGAUCAUGUUCAGAUUUCCGUAUUUUAUCUUAUCAUUUCGUUCAAACACGUAAUAAAACAUCGAAUAAAUGAUCAAUGAUUAUAUCCAGCCAUAUUGUUAUCAUCCAACUAUCGUUCCUCAGGUGCUAUAUCAGAUAUGUUUUCAACUACUGUUCACCUCCUUGG